CGAGGAGGUGCGCGCCGCGGCCGCAGAAGCACGUCUACACCAGAGCAGCUCAGUUGCGUCACAAGCCCCGCCCACAUCGCGCGGGGCAGCCUGAGGCGCUGCCGCCUAACGCGGCUCUUGCGGCUGUCGCAGCCCCCCGCUUUUAACAGCGCCCUGCCCUCCUCCGGCACCCCCGAGACUCGUGUGUCGUCCCCUCUGCCUAACACCGCAGGGAUCUGAAGAACUUGUGACAUUCCCCCUCAGCCUUCUCUUGUCCAGACUCUGUAAUGCCAGCUCUUCCCGCCUUGCCCUAGGCUUGGAUCCAAUUGUGCCUUAGUAUUGACCAUUCUGUCCCUCUGCAGCUGAGGAAAGAAGAAGGCAGAAUCUCCUAUGCUUUCCAGAGCUGUGUAGAAACUCAUUUCAUGGACGCACAAGAUUUUGGAGCCCCUCAUUUUUCAGAUAAGCCCUGCAACAAGUGACUUGAUGACAGAAUAAACCAAAAGGCCCUGUUAUGGCUCUGGCUGCUGUGCAUUUCUUCCUGAAAACCCAAGGCUGCAGGUCCCUGCGCACUCCGAUUAGAUUCUUCCAAUACACUAACAAAGGCGGCACACUAUUGGCUCCUCAGAAUUUUUCAGACUACGAAUCCAUAAAACAACAGUACAAACCAGAGAUACCUGAGUAUUUCAACUUUGCAAGAGAUGUGCUGGACAAAUGGACUGCAGUGGAAAAGGAGGGGAAGAGGCCCACAAACCCAGCAUUUUGGUGGGUGAAUGAUAAUGGAGAUGAGGUGAGGUGGAGCUUUGAGGAGCUGGGAGUCCUCUCCAGAAAAGUGGCUAAUGUACUGUUUGAGGUAUGUGGCCUACAAAAAGGAGACAGAGUCAUUUUAAUUCUGCCCCGGAUACCAGAAUGGUGGCUGGUGAACAUGGCUUGUAUGAGAACAGGAACUAUCCUUAUUCCUGGAACAUCACAGCUGACCGCAAAAGACCUUCUCCAUAGACUACAAAUGUCAAAAGCGAAGUGUAUUAUCACUGAUGAUGUGUUGGCACCAGCUGUAGAUUCCAUUGAGUCUGAAUGCCAGUUCCUGAAAUCCAAGCUACUGGUGGCAGAGGACCACAAGAAAGGAUGGUUGAGUUUUAAAGAACUCAUCAAAUAUGCUAGUGCUGACCACAGCUGUGUGAACACAAAACAUCAAGAUCUAAUGUCUGCGUUUUUUACCAGCGGAACAACAGGAUCUCCAAAAAUGACUGAGCAUUCCCACAGCAGUCAUGGCAUUGGACUCACAGUAACUGGAAGGUACUGGCUGGAUCUGACCUCUUCUGAUAUACUAUGGAAUACGUCAGACACAGGUUGGGCAAAGUCAGCCUGGAGCAGCGUGCUAGCACCAUGGAUUCAAGGGGCGUGUGUCUUCGUACAUCACAUGCCACGAUUUGAUGCAAGAACUGUCCUGGAUAGUCUGUCCAGAUAUCCCAUAACAACUGUCUGUUCUGCUCCAACUGCUUAUCGAAUGCUUGUGCAGCAUGACCUGACCAGCUGCAAAUUCAAGAGUCUGCAACAUUGUGUGAGUGCAGGGGAGCCAAUCAACCCUGAAGUGAUGGGAAAAUGGAAAACACAAACCGGGCUCGAUAUCUAUGAAGGCUAUGGACAGACAGAAACGGUGCUGGUUUGUGGAACUUUCAAGGGAAUGCAAAUUAAACCCGGUUCUAUGGGAAAGCCAUCUCCAGACUACAAUGUCCAGAUUAUAGAUGAAAAUUGCAACAUUCUGCCUCCUGGAGAAGAAGGAGAUAUUGCCAUCAAAGUAAAACCCAAGAAACCCUUUUGCCUUUUCACAGGAUAUGCAGAUGAUCCAGAGAAAACUGAUUCUACAAUACGUGGCAGUUUUUAUAUCACUGGGGACAGAGGGUUUGUGGAUGAAGAUGGAUACUUCUGGUUUGUUGGAAGAGCUGAUGAUGUCAUCAAUUCUGCUGGAUACCGUAUUGGACCGUUUGAAGUUGAAAGUGCACUGACAGAACACCCAGCAGUGGUAGAAUCAGCUGCUGUCAGCAGCCCAGAUCCCAUCAGAGGAGAGGUGGUGAAGGCCUUUGUAGUUUUGGCACCUGACUACCUUUCGCAAGAUCCAGAAAAACUGAUCACCGAGUUACAGGACCAUGUAAAAAAAGUCACUGCCCCAUACAAGUAUCCUAGAAAGAUGGAGUUUGUUCAACAGCUGCCAAAGACAGUUAGUGGAAAGAUCAAAAGAAAUGAACUGCGUAAGAAAGAGUGGGAGAAAAUUUAGAAUUAUCUAAGCAUUUAUUUUGCAUUAUUCGUUUUUACAAAGGGAAAGACUUCUUUCUCCUAUUGCAAUUUCUUGUUCUGUUCCUUGGUUCUAUUUUAAAGUGCACAGAUCUAGAGCAUCACAGUACAUUUUUUGCGUCUCCAAACCUCUGCUGACCUCAGCCGGAACUUGGAUGAAUAAGCAAUGUAAGCUUAGGCCUUUGGUGGGCAUCUCUGUAGUUGAGCAUUUCUUUUUCCAUGUGUUCUAGACCUA